GCCUAAUACACACCAGGCUUUCUCGCACUAUACUUACUUUUAAUUGGCCUCUUCCCCCGUUUUACAAUCAUAGCCAGCCACCCCCCCAGUAUGCCUUGAUUCUCUUCAAUCCACUCUCACCUCACCCAAUUACGCCAAUGGCAGCACCUCCAAUUUCCAACUGAACUGGCUAACCAAAAAAUAAUAACAAAGAGACAGACCACAUACAUGCUUUAGUCUUUAGCCAUGAGCCGACACCGGAUUUUUUUUAUUUAUUUAAAAAAAGCCAAAAAAUCACAGCUGACAAUACACACUUAACAGGUCAUACUCACAAAAUAAACCCAUCACCACCACAAUUCCAAUAAAACUCCAUUUCUUACAAGAAUUACAAAUCCAGCAUGACGCUUUCUUUCUGAAAACAUUGCUAACCAUGCCAUCUCGCUCUCUACCACCUGAAUCUCCGCAGCCAUCUUUCGCCCAGUUCCACCACCACCACCACCCUCUCUCCUCCCGUCUCCUCCCCCCACUAACCGCCGCCACCGCCGCUUUCUCCUUUCUCCUGAUAUUCGCCGUCUGUUUCCGUAAAAUCACCCGCAAACGCACAGUCCCUUCAGACUCUAAGCCGCCUCAUCGGUUCUCCUACUCCGCACUCCGCCGCGCCACCAACUCUUUCUCGUCAUCCCUUCGUCUAGGACAAGGCGGGUUCGGGUCCGUAUAUCGCGGAACUCUCCCAAAUGGUGAGCUCGUAGCAGUCAAAAUGAUGGACUCAGGGUCUCUUCAAGGAGAGCGUGAGUUCCAAAACGAGCUACUUUUCGCAUCGAAGCUGGAGUCUGAUUACAUCAUCACACCCCUGGGUUUUUCUUCUGAUAGGAAACACCGUACCAUGUUAUUGAUUUAUCAGCUCAUGCCUAAUGGUAACUUGCAGGAUGCACUUCUACACAGAAAGUGUCCUGAAUUGAUGACGUGGAAAAAAAGGUUUGGGAUUGCUGUUGAUAUUGCUAAAGGUAUUGCAUAUCUUCAUGGAUUGGAUCCUCCUGUUAUUCAUGGUGAUAUUAAGCCCAGUAAUAUUUUGUUGGAUCAGUUUUUUAAUGCCAAGAUUGCAGAUUUUGGAUUGGCUUGGUUGAAUUCUGAGAAUCAGAAUCAGAAUCAGAAUCAGUGUGAGAUUAAGAUUGAGGAGAGUAAUGAUGGCGGAUUAGAGUUAAAAAGCAAAGCUGAAUUGGAGAGUAAUAAUGGUGGAUUGGAGGUAAAGAAAGCUGAAUUAGAGAGUAAUAAUGGUGGAUUGGAGGUAAAGAAAGCUGAAUUAGAGAGUAAUAAUGGUGAGGAUUGUGGAUCUAUGGUCGAGACUGCAAGUGUGACUACUGGGUUUGAGGAGUUUAAUUUAUUGGGAGUGGAUCAAUCUCCUGUUUCUGUAGCUGUUACUUCACCGGAGGGGAAUUUUGAUGGAGCUAGUGUUGAGAGUGUAAAAGUGAAAGAAACAAGUGCUUCUGGAAGAUACUGGUGGUGGAAACAAGAUAACAAAAUAGAUAUGGUAGAAAAUGGUGCUGUUAAAGAUUAUGUGAUGGAAUGGAUUGGAACUGAGAUAAAGAAAGAGAGACCAAAGAGUGAUUGGAUUGGAGCUGCUUCAUCAUCAUCAAGUAAUAAUCAAUCAAUUGCCAAAAUAGAUAAAAAGAAGAAUCGAAAGCGAUUAGAUUGGUGGGUAUCUCUGGAGGAGGAGAAAGAGCAGAAGAUUUUGAAGAAGGAGAAGAGGAGACAGCCAAGGGAAUGGUGGAAGGAGGAAUAUUGUGAAGAGUUGGAGAAGAAGAAAAAGAAGAAGAAGAAGAAGAAACGAGAAAUAGGAACGAGUAGUGAUGGAAAUGGAGGAGAAGAUUGGUGGCCCAGGGAUGAUGAUUUGUAUGUUGAGGAGAAGAAGAAGAAGAAGAAAAGGAGUAGAAGUAGAAGUAGUAUUGGCAGUAUUGACUGGUUUAGUGGUGAACUCUUCAGAGGUAAUCAUAUUAGCCAUGAUUCUUUAAGUGGAGAGAUACCAAAGAGUGGUGGAAUUAGUAGUACUCCGAGUAUGAGAGGAACCGUUUGUUAUGUUGCUCCUGAGUAUGGAGGCGGUGGUCUCUUAUCAGAUAAGUCUGAUGUUUAUAGUUUUGGAGUUCUUUUAUUAGUUCUUAUUGCUGGUAGGCGUCCACUUCAGGUUACUAGUUCUCCAAUGUCCGAGUUUCAGCGUGCCAAUCUUAUACACUGGGCUCGUCAUCUUGCCCGUGCAGGAAAGCUUCUUGAUUUGGUUGAUCAGUCUGUACAGUGUUUGGAUCGAGAUCAAGCUCUGUUAUGCAUUACCGUUGCUCUUCUCUGUUUGCAGAAGUCCCCUACUCGCCGGCCUUGUAUGAAGGAGGUCGUUGGAAUGCUAACUGGCGAGUUAGAGCCACCUCAAUUGCCAAUUGAAUUUUCUCCUUCAACGCCCUCCCGCUUCCCCUUUAAGUCCAGGUCACAUAAGAAGGUCCGCUGAGUUUGGUCAUCCUUUGAUGCCAAUCUCAGUUAAAUGAAGUAUGUUGCUAUACAUCAUUGUUUGGUCAUCUUUGUGGAUGAUACAUGUAAAGAAAGAAAAAAAAAAUCUUACUUCACCAUGAAAUAGACUGAAAUAGCUUUCACUUGCUCUAAUGUUGAUACUGCUACGUGUGGCCUACCAAUCCAUUACUAACAUCUUAAUAAAGUUAUUACAGAUUUGCACACGCUA